CUGUAGCGCUGCCUAAUAAGGGGGAAGCACACACAGACUCAGCCAGAGUGGUGUGGGAUCAUCCACGGGUGGGGAGGGCCCCUCUAGGACCUGGGUGAGGAUGACUCAAAGGGGCAUGGUCUUCUGUGACAGGACUGUCACAGGAAGCCCACUGCAGACCAAGUAAACAUCUGCAGGACCUGCCAUGGGUGCCUGAUGGAGCUGUCACCUUACAGGCCUUUGCCAUGCCCUGCAAUAAAAGUGCCUUUGGGAACCAUGGGCUCCUUUUCUCCACUCACCUUCUCUGAGCCACAAGGCUCAGUUACAGGCAAUGAGAGGUGCAGCCCUGCGUCCAACCUCUGCUCACCUCACAGAACUAGAGAUCUCUGAACGGGGGUGAAAAAAAAAGAGAUCACAGCCCAGAAACCGCAAACCAAAACCCAAGAAUCUUCUUAGACUCCACUGGUGAUCAUUUCACUCAUCACCACACCGGCUGAAAGGGGGAUGUGAAGUUAUUUAAAUAUUAUUGACCUGGUUGUUGGAUGCAGGCCUGCAUGAACCACUGGAUGAAAGGCAAUAGUGAAAUUGUCAAGGUUCCGCAGCAAAUGACAUUAGAAGCCUUUAGGUGGGAGCAGAGCCUGCCUCUGGCCAGAACUUCUCAGCUUUUACUCUGAGAGUUGUUCUCCUGGGUUGGCACAGAACCUACUUGAAAAACGAAUGCCUUUGCUGGCAGGAUAGCUAAUAAGUGUCUUCAAAGACAUUGGCUUCAGACCAGACUGUACAAGGGGCCCGAAAUUCUUAGAUCUGUAAGGGAAAAUGGUGAGAUUCUGACCCUGGGGACGGAGUUAAAGAAGGGGAGACAGGAGUGGGGCAUAAAAAGAUCCUGCAAAAAGCACUAGAGUUGCCCCUGCAGAGACAUACAGGAACUUGCAGUAAUCCGCAGAGACUGGCAAGUCCUCUGGAGGACAUUCACUGCCCAGGUGGCACAGGGCUCCCUUCGGGUGAGCGCCAGCCUCACUCUCUGGUAAGGAGCUUUGCCUGGCGCCCCUCUGCGCAGGGGACCCAGGCCUGACCCGCCCCUCCCCGCCUCAGCCCUGCCUACAACCUUCUCAGCACAGCGAUUUUGCCACGGGAGGAAGCUAUGGGCAAGGUUGGAUUUAUGAAGAACGGGGCCUGCAACUGCUUCUCUUAUUUCUCCAGGCACUCUGUGCUCUGAGCAAACUCACCCUGGUGAAGAGAACUCCGCCGGCUGGUAAGGGCUAGACCGAUGCGCGGCGCGUGGGGAGGCGGACCAGAGCCGCGAGGAGGUCCGCCCAGGGCUCCAGCCGAAGGAAUCCGUGUGACGCUGCGGGGCUAGGAAAGCUGACGGUGAACGCCGCAGGAGGCCUGAGAAACUUUGGGGACGCGAGGGCUGAGCGCUGCCCGGAGCAUCUCCUGGGAGGCGGUCCCAUCCUCGCUUUGAUGGCUCUGUCUCAAGACCCGCUGCUCUCCUUGUGCCCGGAGGGACCCAUGGCGCCCGCUGCGACCCCCGCCCGCGUCCUUCACAUCCCGGCUCUGUUGCUGCUGCUGCUGCUGCUGCUGCUGUCGCUGUCGCUGCCCGAACUUCUCAGAGCGGCCCGGACCAGAGAGUCCCCGCGCUCUGCGCCUCCCCCACCUCUUCCGUCCCGCCCCGUGUCUCCUCCACCGGCUCCUUCCAGUCACGACCAGGUUUCCACAUCCGGGUCUGCGCCCCAACUCAGCCAGCAGAGGGGGAGAGGAAAAAGUAACAACGGAGAAAAGAGGUGUUGCAAGGGGAAAGCCAAGGACAAGGUGGCAGUCAGGAAUCCCUACACACACUCGCUUUCCUUGGGAUUCACCACCAAACUAAAGCCUGCACAUGAACAUUGGUGCAAUAUUCAAGGGCACAUCAACCAGAACCCUUUUGUUUCCUAUGACUGUGCCCUUGCCAUGGCCAAACCCACAAAUGUCCUGGGAGAGGAGGUGAAUAGCACCGAGACCUGGGAACAACUAAGAGAGACAUCCAAGCAUGUGGGGGAAAGUCUCAGAGAAAAAGUGCUUGGCAUUGAACCAGAGAACUGUGGAACCAUGGCACCCCUCACCCUGUCAGCCAACAUGACCUGUCGACUUGACGCCGGUGGACACAUGAGCUGGUGCUGGGAGUUUCACAUCAAUGGACAGAUUUCAGCCCAAGUUGACUCAAAACACAAAACAUGGACAGAGAAACCUUCUGGACUCAGCUGCAUGAAGGUCGCCUGGGAAGAUGACAAGGAAAUGACUGAUGUCUUAUACAGGAUCUCAGGGGGAGACUGUCAGAAAUGGCUUAAGGAGGUCCUGAAGCACCUCAAAAGGCAGGAGCCCACAGGUAACUGGGAAGAGGGGGAGAAAGAGGGGGCUGCUUUAAAUGGCUGUCACGGUGUGCCUACACUUUCCUGUGUGUGUGUGUGUGUGUGUGUGUGUGUACGUACUCCAUGAACCCCGAGUUCUUCCUGGGGAAUGGUACCAGGUGUAUUCCUCUCAUCUUUUCCCUUCUCCU